UAUGCCGGAAGUGCGGGUGGAUCUUUGAGUAACGCUCGUAGAAUGUAGAGCGUCAGUUUCGCACAAUAACAGACAGAUUUCAAGCAUGGCCCUCAACAACAAUCAUUCUGAAUCUGGAGGUGUUAUCAUCAACAACAGCGAAAGUGUCUUGAUGUCAUAUGAGAAUGUGGAGCUGCUGUUCAGUGACGCAGAACGCUUGCCAGAAGCCUUCAGAAAAAGCAAGAAGGGAAGCAUCUACCUGACACCUUACAGGGUGAUCUUCUUGACUAAAGGGAAGGACCCCCUGCAGUCGUUAAUGAUGCCGUUUUAUCUUAUGAAGGGCUGUGAGGUCAAACAGCCAGUACUUGGUGCCAACUACAUCAAGGGAACGAUCAGCGCCGAGCCUGGAGGUGGUUGGGAAGGUUCUGCAACCUUCAAGUUGAUUUUUAAUGCGGGAGGAGCGAUUGAGUUUGGACAGUACAUGCUACAGGUGGCGGCACAGGCAUCCAGAGGGCAACCGGUGACUGUAAAUGAUGGUUGUCCUUACAUGGCGAACGGGGCAUACGCUUACCCUCCACCUCCUCCCGCUAACAGCAUGUAUUCAGCCACACCUCCUCCUCCUGGAUACGCCUACCCUGGACCUCCACCUCCAGGUGGAUUUUACCCCAUCCCUCCUGGCUUUGAUGGACCAGCAGCCUACAUGCCUCCUCCGCCGUAUACAGCUCCGAUGGACCAUGCUCCUCUCGACCCAGACCUGCCCAGAACCCCCGCAGCGGAGGCAAAAGCAACUGAAGCUGCAGCGAGUUCCAGCGCAACUACGUUUGCUCCGACACGGGUCUACCUGCCCGAGGACAAGCCUCCACCCUACUCUCCACCUGAAGACAAGAAGAACCAGUAGACGUGUCUGCAGCGAGCGAACAUCCUCUCCUCUCUCUCCAUUCCCUUCAUCUCAUCCUCUCACCACCUGCUGGCACAGACUCCCCGUGAGGCUGCACGCAGUGACGGGGGGCUCCAGUAGGGGGCUCUGGCCAAUGUAGAGGGACCAGAGAGAGACACACAUGAAUUUAUAGCUGGUGAAUGAGAGGGACCGACUGUUAGCUGAUUGAGCUUUUCUAAAUUUGAAAAAUAGUCUAUUUAGGAGACAUUUAUGAGUGAUUUUGUAUAGAUCGAUUGAAUGAGGUUUGAAGUAUUUUGAUAGUUGCAUAAGAGUUUUGGACAGUGCUUCGGUCGUCGUUCAUUCUCGACUGCUGUAUCCAACGUUAUUAAAUGAAAGAUUGUUGGCUGUCACUGCUCACUUGCCAUUCCACACUCAAGCAGUCGCUUAAAGGGCCAGUUCACCUUCAGUUGCCGGUCCCCAUUAACUUCCAUUGUAUGG